GAGAGCAUGGUGAAAUAGUUGGGAAGAUUGUGAAACACAAUCCCUUGAAUGCUUUUGAUGGUUAUGCAAACAAGGCGGAGUCCAAUAAAAAAAUUAUAACCAAUUGUUUUACGCGUGGAGAUAUGGCGGUCAGAUCAGGUGACAUACUGGUGAUGGAUGAGGAAGGUUACCUGUAUUUCAUCGAUCGUAGUGGUGAUACAUUCCGAUGGAAAGGUGAAAACGUAUCAACCGGAGAAGUCGAAAACAUUGUGAGCAAAGUUUUAAACCAUUCAGCCUGCGUCGUUUACGGUGUCGAAAUUCCAAACAAUGAUGGCAGAGCGGGAAUGGCUGCUGUCCAAAUGAAAGCCAACGAUAUCAAUUGCAGUGAUUUAUACCUAAAUUUGAAGAAGAAACUACCGUCAUAUGCCUUACCUAUGUUCAUCCGGGUAUGUGACGAUUUAGAAUUAACUGGUACCUAUAAGCUGAGGAAAGUAUCUUUGCAAAAGGAAGGUUACAAUCCAGAGAAUGUAUCAGAUGCGUUGUACUUCAUCGAUCAUAAACAAAAGUCUUAUGUUCCUCUCACCAGAGAUAGGCACGAAGACAUCAUUAGUGGGAGAGUCAGACUGUGAUAAUUUGUAAUCUUCCCUCUGGCAUCAAAUCAAUAAACAUUUUUUUUAUAUAA